AUGAUAGCUAAUUCUCUGUUGCAGGGUUUAUGGACCUGUAAAGUUAGCAAUCAUCUUGGAAAGGUUGACCGGAAUUUUACGGUGGAAAUCAUAGUAAGCAUGUUCCAUAUGAUCUUCUCCUUGUUAUGUUUCCUUUCCACCUAUCUGCAACUCCUUCUCUCUAUUUGUGCGUGUAGUGCUCCUUGCAUGGUUAGGCAUGGUGAAAUUACAGAUUUCUGCGACUACUUCGCAAUGCGAUCCGGAGCUGCCUUCGCCCUACCUCCCGCGUCGAUACCCAUGGAGUGUAUCUGUUUAUGGCAAAUUACUAAUGAUAAAGAACGUCAUGACAUCGACUACUCAAUCGCGACAACCACCACAUGCAACAAGUACGCAUCGCGAAUCGAGAAACGAGCUCGCAAAUCUCGGAAAGAACUUGCAUGCCUUCAUCCUCCGUGUGAUAUGUUUGGUAUACCCAUAACGACGACGACAUUAUCAACAACUACUUUAAUGACGUCUGUUACGACAAAAGUCGCGAACGUAUCGGCCACCGCAAAUCCAGUCAAGCUGUUCGACUGGUUGGCUGAAAACAACGGCGUGAACGUGGCGCAUUUACUGCCACAGCUCAUACCAUUUCACGAAAUGAAUCGAAUCAACGAAACGCUCUUGAACUGGAAUUCUCUUAGUCGUGAGAAGAAAGUCGAACGUGCACGACGUAUCGUUCAAUCCUACUCUGAAAGUGUAGUUGAUCAAAUUGUGGGUGGAGAAGAAAAUCAGAGUACGACGUCGAAGUUUCGCGAAAUGAAGCAACGCCGGCCAGCAAACAUUAUCUCCACCACACAAUCACUACCUGCCUAUAAGCGGCGUAUAAUGGAAAAAGAAGUGAGCUACGAGCCGCCUCCUCCAGAAGCAUUCUUACAAGAAAGUGAUCUAGCCUCUGGAAAUAGCUUCACUUGGGAAUUAGAAUUAUUACGUUCCAGUGAAACCUACAUUCAAAGACGGCGACGAAACGUCGCGAAGCUUGGCGUCGCCCGCAGGACGGACUGUCAAGUUGAGCUGUCGUGCUACGGGUUAUCCAGAACCAAGAGUAAUCUCUUUUCACAUAAUCUGAUAACGUCCAGUGGUAUGAGACAUGUUAAGGUGGUGUGGCAUAAGAACGGUGCAAUAAUCACUGAAGCAAGUCCCCGAAUGACCGGUGCGGACUUUAAGAUUCGGAAAGGAAUGCUUGAAAUGGAAGACGCGGCUGAGAGUGAUUCUGGUAAAUACAUGUGCGAGGUGUUCAACUCUCUUGGAACAAUCCGAAGGACGUUUAACGUUACCAUCAUUAAUCGCAUGCGUGGGCCUCCUAUUAUCGUGCCAAACAUUCUUGUCAAUCAAACGGUCAAUGUAAACGGUACUGCCGUCUUCAACUGCCGUGUUGUUUCUGACCUGACGCCCUAUAUAUUUUGGGUGCGUAUAGACCGUGUCAAUGGGUCACUGCAUUAUUACAACGAGACCGCCAAGGAGUACAUGUUCAAGUAUACGGAAAUGGAUGCCAUUGAGAAUGCAAAUGUGGUUACUAAUGACGAUGAGUCUACUUUGACAUUGGUGAAUGUAACACUUGAGGAUCAGGGGAUUUAUGCAUGCAUCACUGGAAACUCGUUAGGUUCGGUUCUUGCCAAUGCAACCUUGACAGUGAAUGAGUUUCUUGGGAUGGUUUUGCUCACGGGAAAUCCUGAACCAGAGUAUUCCACUUGGAGCAUACUCUUGCUACUUCUUAUUGUAAUGCUCCUCUCGCUGAUGCUCAGUCUUUGUGUGGCAUACUACAUCUGCUUUCGUAUCACUAAAAAAAGGAGAGACUUGGAGGAUCGCGUUGGAUUAAUGCCGAAGAAGAAAAAAGUAGUCGUGACCCACAAACCGUAUCCGGACGAAAAAGAAGGAUGCUCGGAUCUACCCUCCACAUAUCAAAUACAGAUUGUUGAACAAGCCUCAACGUCAAAAGGACGGCGACCUCGUCUCAGUUCCGACCUCACUUUGCUUUCGGAUUAUGAGAUUGAUCCCGACCCUCAAUGGGAAAUCGAGCGAUCUCGGCUUGAACUGGUAGAUAUACUUGGAGAAGGUGCAUUUGGUGAAGUAUGGCGAGCUAAUCUUAAACCAGAUCGGAGCGAUACUACCAUCCCUCCAGAAGGUAUCCCCGUUGCUGUGAAGAAGCUAAAAUCGUCAGCGCAUGAGAAAGAACUCAUUGAUCUUGUUAGUGAAAUGGAAACUUUCAAGGUCGUAAUUCACAACAUUACUCACAAGCAUCUUGUACACUUUGCAUAUCAAGUCGCAAAAGGAAUGGAGUUCAUGGCAAAUAAGAAGAUUAUUCACCGCGAUCUUGCUGCUAGAAAUGUUCUUGUCGCUGAAGGAUUUGUCAUGAAAAUAUCAGACUUUGGAUUGUCGAGAGACGUUCAUUGCAAUGAUUAUUACAGAAAAAAAGGCAACGGUAGGCUACCCAUCAAAUGGAUGGCUUUGGAAGCGUUGGACUCACACAUGUAUACAGUGGAAAGUGAUGUGUGGUCCUAUGGCAUUCUUUUGUGGGAGAUAAUGACCAUGGGUGGAACACCAUAUCCUACAAUAGCUAUGCCUCAGCUAUAUUCGGUACUCAAGGGCGGUUACAGAAUGGAGCCCCCGCAAAAAUGUCCGGGUGAGAUUUACGAUCUCAUGGUGUCAUGUUGGCAGAAUUGUCCUGUUAUUGUUAAGGAAAAACGAGAAAAGCGUCCGACAUUCAAAAUGAUCGUGGAUUAUUUAGACUGGAUGCUACAAGAUGCUGAUAGCGACACCAUUUUUGACGACGUAGAGGGUGCUCCACCUCCUCCGUCUAGCGAUAGUAGUUUAGGUAGGAAACUUCGUACAAGACCUUUGUCGGCACCUGUUUUCUUACCAUCAGAUCCUCAACACGCUAUCUGCGACGAUAAUAUCGAAGGCGCUGGAUCAGCUUUUGUUAUGGGAGACGCGGCAGAGGAAUCUGAGAUUCUGCAAGCAUCGGAUCAGGAACAUCAAUAUUGCAAUCAGCCAAAUGAGCACCCUGCCUCAGCGGCUGCUCGGCUGGUAAGACAACAAACAGAUCCAGGUUCGGAGAGAUUUCACGUAGAAGAGGAAUCGGAUUACUCCGUGCCUCGGGCUGUUGCUGAAGUUGCUGCACCCUCUGUGGAUUCAGCGAUCGGAUCUCCUGCUUGGAUUGCUCCAGAACUCUCCACACAUAGUCAUUACUCGGUCCCUUUUUUAGGCGAGCCGGGAGCGGCGCGAGUUGAAUCGGCGUACAUAAAUGUGGCUGGCCAUCGCACCACUCCCACCCGCUUUCCAUUUCCUCCUUCUACAUCACUUGCCGAAAGCACAUUAACGUACUCUGACUCGGGCACCUUUGAGCCAAGGACACACUGUUCGCCAUACAAUGGCGCAACUAAUCAAGCUUUUAUGCCAUCUCCAAACGCUUUUACGACCGAGGCAGUCGCUAGGAGGUUAGUUCGUUUGAGGUUAUGCCCAUGUCACAAUGUUCUUGCUAGUUAGGC